AUGCUUCUUUUUAUUCUCUUAUAUUUUUCUUCUUUUCUUUCCCUCGGUUUUUCUUUUCCUUUGCUUUCCUUUACUUUUUCAUUUUUCUUUCUAACUUUGCUUCAGUUUUCUUUGCCUUUUGCUUUCAUUUUUCAUUUCUUCCUUUUAUUUUUCUUUUCUCUUUUUCUUGCUUUUAUUUUUUGCUUUUUACUUUCAUUUUUCUUCACUUCAUUAAUCUUUCUUUUUUAUUGUUUUCUUUUAUUCUUUCUCUCGUUUUUCUUUGCUUUUUGCUUUUUUUGUUUCUUUUAUUUUAUAAUUUCCUUCUUUAUCGUUUCUCUCCCUUUUCUUUUUUCGUUUUUUUUCUUUAUUUUUCUAUUUUUAUUUUUCCUUCGUUCCUUUCUUUCUUUUUUUCUUUUCCUUUGUUUUGAUUUUUCUUCAUUUCUUUUUUCUUUUUAUUUUUUUCAUUCUGUUCCCUUUCUUUCUUUCUUUUUUUUAUCUUUUUGUUUUUACUUUCUUUUUUCUUCCUUUUUUCUUUUUCUUUUCUUCCUUCUGUUUCCUAUCAUUCCGUUCUUUAUAUUUCGCUUUAUUUUUUGCCUUCAUUUUUCUUGCUUCCUUUCCUUUAUUUUCAUUCCUUCUGUUACCUUUUAUUCCUUCGUUUUUCUUUCUUUUUUGCCACCAUUUUUCUAUCUUUUGCUUGUCUUCUUUCCUUGUUUCCUUUCUUUCUUUUCUUUCUUUAUCUUUUAUUUUUUGCCUUCAUUUUUCUUUCUUUCUUUUAUGUUUCUUUUCUCCAUUUUUCUUCCUUACUUUCUUUCUUUCCUUCCUUUCUUUCAUAUUCUUCAUUAUUUUUUUUGUCAAGUAUACAAAUAG